UAUUAUAUAUACAAUUUAAAUUUUAAAUUCCACAUGGCAUGUAAUGAUUCGGAAAUGGAAAGAUACCAGACACUGGGGCAAAGAUAAGCUAAGAACUUUAUAACAGCUGCGUGGAGCUGUGGACUAUGAACUGCAUGAGUUAAAAGAAAACGAAGUAGUACUCUCAUGGCUUUCACUCUUGGGUUCUCGACGAAUUGUUUUUUGAAAUCUUUUGCAUUGUUGAUUCCUUCUGUUUCAUCAAACCUUUUCACAGUUUCAAAACAAUCUGCAGUUUUUGCUUCUUUUUCUUCUUCUGUAUCAGCGAAGAACGCAACCCAUCAAUUGAAGCUCAAUCAUCCGCCAAGAGCAUCGGCUGAAGGGAUUCCCAAUGAGUUAAUUGAAGAUUCAAAGUUUGUUCCUUUAAAUGCUGAUGACCCUGUAUAUGGUCCACCUGCUUUGUUAUUGUUGGGAUUUGAAUUGGAAGAGGCAGUGAAGAUUAGGCAGCUGCUGAAAGAGUUGGGUGGUGAAUUCAUGAAGGUUAUUUUUUGUACAGAAGACAUGAUUACCCAGUCACUUUGGGAAGCAAUGCAUACAAGUCAACCAAAUUUGGAAACUGUGCAGAUAGCGAAGUCUUUGCCACGGAUUUGCAUCUUAUCUGGCCUUACUGGGGAAGACAUGAUGAUGUUCAUCGAUGCUUUUCCAGGGACUGGUCUAGAAGCAGCUGCAUUUGCAGCUUUGGUUCCCAACAGUGCUAAUAAACCACUGCAGGAACUAAUAGAAGAAAUCAUGGGAGACCAUGAAAUGCUGACUGGACAACAGCCGAGCUCAUCAUAGGCGAAAACAGAACAGAAAUCAGAGGCUUGCGAUUUCUUGGAUUAGCAUACGAUCAUAUAUGGACUUUACUAUUUACUAUUCUCAAGGCAAUCUGCUAGAACAAUAUUUUCUUUUUGCAUAAUGGAGAGAAGCAUAGAAGUAGCCUAGAGAUUUUCACUUGCAGGAACAAAAACUCCAAAUGUUGUUGGAACUGAGAUGCCAGCAACUUCUGGAAAUUCUAAUAGCCAUUUUGUACAUUUUAGUUUUCA